UACUGCACAUGUGAGAGAGAAAUCCCUUUAUCAUUAGCAUAUUUCUAAACACAAAUAAUCCCAUCAGGAAAACAGAAGCUACUCUAACAGUAUUUACCAGUUUGUUUUACACUAUGGUUGUACUUAAACUCAUUUUAAUAUCUUUGAAAUGUUUAUUUCAGUAGAACUCAAGUAGAUUCACACUGAGUGAUGUAUUUCAAGUAUCUUUUUAAGUCUUUGAUCAUCACAUCUUAAUUAAAACAUGAAUGAAGUCAACCAUGCAGUUUACUUGUGUUAAGCCACUCCUGAUCCAGACCACAUUGGAAGUGUUCCAUUGAUGCAGUAAUUCAAGUAAAAAGAGCAUGACUAAAUAUUUAGUGCCCUACAGUGUAUGGGGUUGCUUUUCAGUAGGCUAGAAAUUUCUCUAUGUAAAAUUAUUUCUGCAUUGUUUUUAGGUAAUAACCAAAUUUCCUAAUUUCAGGUUUUCAUUAGCUGAAAGCCAAAAUCAUACAAAUUAAUAGAAAUAAACUCUUAAAGUAUAUCUCUCCGAAUCUAUAUAAUACAUUCAUUUUAUCAGUCGAAUAACUGAAAUAAAUGAAGUUUUUUAUGCACGGAGAAGUGGAGAGGCGCUUACACACUGGUUGUCCUAAAGGCCGCCAAGUCGAGUACCGAGUGGGAGCUACCCAGAGACAGGCCUUGCUGGAUGAACAUGAGUGAACCAGGCGGUGGAGAUGUGCCAGAGCCCAAAGUUGAACAGGUCAUGGGCAAGCUAAGGAUGCUGCAACAAGAGAAAAGACUUCUUGAAGAGGAAGUCAGAAACAUCCAGUCCGUCAGUGACAAUUUGCAGAAGGAACUAGUAAUUUUACUAACUUCCGUUAAUGAAAUAGAAGGAAUCCAUAAAGAUAAAGAAGGGGCGUGUAGGAAGCUGCAGUGGCAGUGUGAAGAGUCUGAGCAGGACUUUGACAGGCAGUUGAACCAGAACAAGAUGAGUGAGGAAUUGCUGGAACAAUACAGAUGUGAAAUCCAGGAAGUCAAGCUGAAACACAGGAAACUACGAAUGAGAUUUGAAAACCAACUUCUGCAACUGAUAGAGCAGCACAAGCAACUUGACUUUGUCUUUAAUCCAAAGAGACACCCAGAUGAAUUGAAGAAAGCUGAAAAUAUAAAACAUCAGCUUUUAUCAGCUGAACAAGUGAAGUUGGCUCAGCUGCACAAACUCGACGAAGAGUUAGAGGAGCUGAAGCAGUUGGAGACUACAGCUGCACAGAUUCAUGAGUAAACCUGCUUACUUGUUGCUAGUUUUUGGGACUUAGAGCCAUGAGUCCUUUGCUUUAUUCUGAGCCUGGGACACUUUGUUUGCAUAUCUCAGGUAAGAUUUAAACAUAAAAUUUCCUUUUUGUAAGUGUUUUCCUGAGUGAGACUUAAACAGUCAACUCAUACAUUUUACAUUGUCUAAGAUAGUUGCUUAUUAAGUAUUUGAUGGGCUCAUAUUGUUUCUUUUGUGUGAGAUUUCUUUGUAUUUAUUAUUUAAAUUGUUUGUAACAUUUAUGCGGUGGAUUUAGCUGUGGAUCCAGAAUGUUUCAUUUCUUGAUCUGUGUCAGGUUUUUCUGUUUGUUGAGGUAUACUAUACUGAUGUUAAAGUGUUCACAAAUUUCUAAACGUAAAAAAUUUAACCAUUGCAACUUUUUAAUUUUUCUGCAACAACCAAAAAUAAACACAAAAACCCCUUAAUUCAAA